GCUUCACUGCGGCUGCUGGGGCUACGUGGCUGCUGGGAGUGGGGGGCCAGCGCGACGCGCCCGGGAAGGCGGGGCGCGGCCAGGGGGCGGCGCGGAGGCCCCGGCAGAGGCAUGCGCCCUGGACCGCCCCCCCGCCCCCGGCCGCCUGAACGCAGCCAGCCGAACGGCGAGAGCAGAGCGCGGCCGCGGCGGAGGCGGUGCCCAGGGAGGGAGGGCAGGGCGGCGGGGCCGAGCGCAGCGCUCUGGCUAUCGGCAGCCGCCGCCAGGAUGCCCCGGCCCGCGGGCUGCUCCGCCGCCAGCCACCCCCGCGGCCCUUGGCGGCGGACGCUCAGUGCCGGGGCGUGGGAACCGCAGCCGGAGCCUGAGCCGGAGGCGGGAGCGGGAACAGCGAGCUGGAGCCUUGGGCGCCCGAAUGCUGGCUGCUUGUCAUCUCUGGCCUCACCAAGACCCCACAUGUGAGAGCUGCUGCAUUGGGAGGAGGAGGAGGAGGAGGAGGAGGAGGAGGAGGAGGAUGCCACAGCCACUUGCCAGCUCCGGUCUGCACCAUGAGUGAUGAGCGGCGACUGCCUGGCAGUGCGGUAGGCUGGCUGGCGUGUGGAGGCCUGUCGUUGCUAGCCAAUGCCUGGGGCAUCCUCAGUGUGGGUGCCAAGCAGAGGAAGUGGAAGCCACUGGAGUUCUUGCUUUGCACCCUGGCAGCCACCCACAUGCUCAACGUGGCGGUUCCCAUUGCCACAUAUGCUGUUGUGCAACUGCGCAGGCAGCGUCCCGGCUACGAGUGGAACGAAGGUCUCUGUAAGGUCUUUGUAUCCACCUUCUACACCCUCACCCUGGCCACCUGCUUCUCCGUCACCUCCAUCUCCUACCACCGCAUGUGGAUGGUCCGCUGGCCCGUCAACUACCGGCUAAGCAAUGCCAAGAAGCAGGCGGUGCACACAGUUAUGGGCAUCUGGAUGGUGUCCUUCAUCCUGUCGGCCCUUCCUGCUGUUGGCUGGCACGACACCAGUGAGCGUUUCUACACCCACGGCUGCCGCUUCAUCGUGGCUGAGAUCGGCCUUGGCUUCGGAGUCUGCUUCUUGCUACUGGUGGGUGGCAGCGUGGCCAUGGGCGUGGUCUGCACAGCCAUUGCCCUCUUCCAGACACUGGCCACGCAGGUGGGGCACCGAGCUGACCGCCGUGCCUUCACUGUGCCCACCAUCGUGGUGGAGGAUACACAGGGCAAGCGUCGCUCCUCCAUUGACGGUUCGGAGCCUGCCAAAACCUCGCUGCAGAUUACGGGCCUGGUGGUCACCAUCGUGGUCAUCUAUGACUGCCUCAUGGGCUUCCCUGUGCUGGUGGUGAGCUUCAGUAGCCUGCGGGCUGAUGCUUCAGCGCCCUGGAUGGUGCUCUGUGUCCUGUGGUGCUCUGUGGCCCAGGCCCUGCUGCUGCCAGUGUUCCUCUGGACCUGCGACCGCUACCGGGCGGACCUCAAGGCAGUCUGGGAGAAGUGCAUGGCCCUUAUGGCCAAUGAUGAGGACUCUGACAAUGAGACCAGCCUAGAUGGUAGCAUCUCCCCUGACCUGGCAUUGGAGCGCUCCCUUGACUACAGUUAUGGAGGUGACUUCGUGGCCCUGGACAGGAUGACCAAGUAUGAGCUCUCUGCCCUGGAGGGAGGCUUACCCCAGCUCUACCCUCUGCGGCCACUGCAGGAGGAUAGGAUGCAGUAUCUGCAGGGCGCGGGGAGGCAUCAGUGCGGGUUUCCAGGAGGGCAGCCCCGUUUCAGCCCGGCCGGGUGCUCGCAGGUCCCGCCCACACGGCGGUUCUCCCACGAUGACGCCGACGUAUGGGCGGCCGUCCCGCUGCCCACCUUCCUGCCGCGCUGGAGCUCCGGGGAGGAUCUGGCUGCCCUGGCGCAACUAAUGCUGCCCGCGGGGUCCGACCGGCGGCGCGGGAGCCUUCUGGCUUUCGCCGAGGACGCGCCCCCAUUUCGCCCGCGCCGUCGCUCGGCCGAGAGCCUGCUGUCUCUGCAGCCCUCGUCCCUGGAAGGCGGCCCGCGUCGGACCCACGACUCGCCUCCAGGCAGCCCGCGUCGCCGCCCGGGGCCUGGCGCCCGCUCCGCCUCUGUCUCGCUGCUGCCGGACGCCUUCGCGCUAACCGCCUUUGAGCGUGAGCCGCAGGCCCUGCGUCGAGUGCCCGCCCCAGCGCGGCCCUUCCCCGCCGCCUCCGACGGGACGGAGCCUGGUGAGGUCCCGACCCCUCCUGGCGGCCGCACGCAACGCACCCACGGACGCCGGGCCACGCGCGCACACGCGGGGCCCCUGCAGACUGGCCUGAGCGCGUCGUGGGGCGAGCCCGGAGGCUUGCACGCAGCGGGCGGCGGCAGCACCAGCAGCUUUCUGAGCUCACCUUCCGAGUCCUCGGGUUACGUCACGCUGAACUCGGACUCGCUGGGCUCUGCGUCCUAGGGCCCUCUCGGUCCUCCCUAGGGACGCCAUGUAGAUGAGAGAGGCACAGCGCCAAAGAUGCCACCGCAUGUGUUAGGCGCGCGGACAAGUACCACCCACCCUAGGGGUGAAUGGAUGGUGGACUCUGCGCCCCUCCUUUGGUUCCUUCCUUCUGAUAUCUCCUGGAGGGACGGUGGCCGCCUUUGAUGACUGCACAGGACACAGACCUUUGUAGUGCGUGGCAUCUGCACAUUUAGUACACCUUCCCCAGCCCUCUGAGGCUAGGCUGGGGUGUAUAGGAGACCCUGAGACCUGGCCACCAUGAGAAAGGACCAAAUUCCUUCUCAGAGAAGCUUAAGCCAGAAGCUACUAGACUGCGUUCAACUUCACCCGCACUGCCUCUGCCUCACCUCAAGGAUGUGGCAUGUAGAGCGUCUGUAAGCACAGGGGUCUUCAAAACCCCAAACAAGUUCUACUGAGCAGGCUUCCCUGUGACCUGCCUCAGUUUCCCUGUCUCUGAUGAGUGAAUGACCAUGAUACAUCUCUCAGGGCUGUUUGAAGAACCCUCCUGGUCUUAGGGCCCUUUGUGAGGGUCAGACUUCAGCAGUUGACCCCCAGAUCUGAGACCUCCCCAUCUCGAUGACUUUUGCCGUCUUGGAGACUCACUUUAGCUAAAGCACAACACCAUGGGUAUAACAGCCCCUUUGACCCCAUUAGUGUCCCCAUGCUCGAGACUACACCAUAUUGCCUGUCUCCCACUCUGUCGGCCACUCUGUGACCCUGCUGUGAAGGCUGCGGGUACCUGGUGCACAGAGCUAAAGCAAAGGCAAAGGUCCCGCAAAGGGUGUCCUGUACCCCUCCUUUAACGCGAAGAAGGGCUUUGCUCUCCAGGGUAGACCUCUCUCUGGGCUGUGGCAGGGACAUAGGUCUUCCCAGGAAAUACCCAGGCUGUGAGCCAGGGGUUGGGGAGCACCACCACCGUACAGCAGAGCCUCUGUGUUGGGACCUGGAGAUCGUCUCAAAGGCCAGCACAGAGCACCCUGUGCCCUGUUCUCACUGCCCAAUGGCCAGGCCUAUCUCCUCUCCCUCUCCAGAGUUCCAACUCCAGAUGGGGAUGGGGAUGGGUGACUGCCCUGUCCUAGGCCUCAGAGGACCCUGUAGUUCCUGGUUGUGGGGUAAGUGAAAGAUUAGACAUCCCAGAUGAGCAGAGGGCUGCAGUCAGCCCAUCUUUGGACGUGGAGAAGUUUCCUCUGGGUAUUUGUUGCUGUGCCUUCAGGGACUGACGUCAUGUGGGGGCAGAGGCCACCAGCUCGCCACUGUCUCCCUCACCGGCCUCAAAUCCUCAAUUUAUCACCUUGGGUUUUCACUCUAUUUUGUAUUCAACGGCAAUACUUGUAGUGGGGACCUUGUGCUCCUAAGUUACUCCUACUUUUUACAAAACUUUGAGGGCAAGCCAAGCACCGGACCCUGGGCACCUAGGGCUCUUCCCCACCCCGUGUUCAGCCACCUUGUUUGCUGAUGCCUGUAAGAACCUUGGCCGUGAGUUACUGAUAAGAGCACUAUCUGUAUACCACCGCCUAGCCCAGAGUCAGGGAUGUGUUUGUAGAUUUUUGAAAAACAUUUCUCUUCUGUACAGGACCCAAUAAAAAUUUCCUCAUGGUUUGCACACA